AUGCUCUACUCAACAACGGCUUGUCCCAUCGGGAAAUCGCUCGUCAGACGGGUCGCUCAAGACGAACUAUUGACCGUUAUGCAAGGAAUCCGCAAGAAUACGGCACAGCAAUACAUUCUGGACGGCACAGGCUGCUAUCGGUUCAAGCUGAACGAGACGUCUGUCUAAAAGCAUCAAACUCUACGAAGUCCGCCAACCAAAUCAGAUCCGAAAUUCCUGAAAACGUCUCGAAGAACACCAUCUUACGAACAAUUCAUCGGUCCGGUCGACUUGUGAAUACUCCAAUGAAGGCAGCACCUCGUCUACAGCAACGCCAUAAGAAUGAACGGCUCCAGUUUGCACGCUCUAACAUGGCCACGGAUUGGAAUAAGGUAUCAAUGUUUUCUAUAGUCAAUGUUUCCCGACUUGAAAGGCGAUAGAGGCGGGGCAAGGGGCGGGACGCGUAGCGUGUGCGUUCGCGGUUCUUGGCACGAGUUCAAUUCAAUUGCCGCCGACUAUAUAAAAAGCUCGGCAACCGCUCUUUUUCAAUGUUUUCUACUAUUUUUUUGAUGAAAACAUGAACAUUAUCAAUAACUAAUUGAAAAAAAGGAAUGAAAAAGAACGAAAAAAACGGGAAUUUCAAAGAGUCGAUGGCGGUUGAAUUGAACACGUGGCAAGAACCGCGAACGCACACGCUACGCGUUCCGCCCCCUGCCCCGCCUCCCUCGCCUUUCAAGUCGGGAAACAUUGACUAUAUCACCUUAUGAUUCCCAAUUUUUCUGUUCAGAUCAUCUUCAGCGACGAGAAGAAAUUCAACCUCGAUGGGCCAGAUGGGUACGCUCACUACUGGAGAGAUUUGAGGAAAGAUCCGAUGUACUUCUCCAAGAGAAACUUCGGCGGCGGCAGCCUCAUGGUCUGGGCGGCUUUCUGCGGCAACGGGACGGUAGCUCUUUCUUUUAUUGGGACCAGAACGAAUUCGCAAGACUACCAGCAACUGCUUGCCCAGCAUCUCCUGCCCUAUCUCCGUCGCCGACGACGUGCUAAUAUGAUUUACCAACAAGACAAUGCAUCUGUUCACGCGAGCAACUCCACAUUGGCUUGGUUUGCGGCCAAGAACGUGGUUCUUCUGGACUGGCCCGCGUGCAGUCCUGACCUCAACCCUGUAGAGAAUUUAUGGUCAGUCCUUGUACGAAGGGUCUACGCGAAUGCCAAGCAGUAUAAGUUUUCGUUAAAUCGCAAACCGCUACUCCCUGACGUCAUUUCAUGA